AUGCUUCGCUCAAUGCUAUUCCAGUUGACGCUCUGUCUACUACCAAUUGUUACCGUCAAAGCCACUGCAAAUGCCGUGGCCAGAAAACCUAACAUCCUCUUCAUCCUUACCGAUGACCAGGACUGGCAUAUGGAGUCGUUGCAAAACAUGCCCCUUCUUCAGAAGUAUCUUAUGAAUGAAGGAACGCUGUAUGCUAAUCACCAUUGCACUGUCGCCAUCUGCUGUCCUUCGCGUGUAAAUUUGUGGACCGGUCGUGCAGCGCACAAUACCAAUGUGACUGACCUUUUCCCGCCUUACGGUGGUUAUCCCAAGGUGGUUCGGGAAGGGAUCAACGAGAACUAUCUUCCAGUAUGGAUGCAACAGGCCGGAUAUAACACGUACUACUCAGGAAAGCUAUGGAAUGCUCACAACGUGGAUAACUACGAUAAGCCAUACGUUGGAGGCUUCACGGGUAGCGACUUCCUGGUGGACCCUUACACUUACGAGUACUACAACAGCAGCAUGGUUCGGAAUGGUGCAGCCCCAGUUAGCUAUGAAGGACAUUAUUCCCCGGAUAUUGUUGCUCAGAAAGCCUACGACUUUCUCGAUGAGGCUACCAUGCACAAAGAGCCAUGGUUUCUAACCGUCGCUCCUGUUGCUCCUCAUUCUAACUGCCACUACAAAGCCUCGGGCGAAUUAGAAGUAGAUCCUCCCAAAUAUGCUGAGCGCCAUGCUCAUCUCUUCAAUGAUUAUAUCAUCCCGAGAACUGACAACUUCAACCCGGAGAAGUUCACGACGAAGCAUAAUGGCGUUUCCUGGAUGAAGGAUCUUCCUCUGUUGAAUAGUACUGUCAUUGGUUACAAUGACGAGUUUCAACGCUCUCGUCUACGAGCACUUCAAUCAGUCGAUGAAAUGAUUGCAACAUUAAUACAGAAGCUAAGCGACAAAGGAGAGCUUGACAACACAUAUAUCUUCUACACAACUGAUAACGGCUACCAUAUUUCUCAACACCGGCUUCAUCCGGGAAAGGAGGGCGGCUAUGACACGGACAUCCACAUACCUCUCAUUGUUCGAGGACCAGGGGUAGCAGCAGGCCGGGUCGCAGAACCGAUGACUUCCCACACGGACCUAGCGCCAACCAUUCUAGGGCUUGCCGGGACGACACGAGAUGACUUCGAUGGACUUGCCAUCCCAUUAAGCUCAGAAGAAACGGGCUCGUUGGAUAACACUCGGUUUGAACAUGUCAAUAUCGAAUUCUGGGGCAAAGCUCUUCCGGAAGGGCGAUGGGGCAAGUAUGGCGAUGUUCCGGACGCGAAUCUCGGCAUCUCAAACGCCGCUACGAAUAACACCUACAAGGGUCUUCGCAUCGUGAGUCCUGAAUACAAUCUUUACUACUCUGUGUGGUGUACCGGUGAGAAGGAAUACUACGACGUCAAACUUGAUCCCGGACAACUUGACAAUUACUUUCUUGAUGCGUCGCUUCUGUCAGACUAUUCAAUCUCGGGCCGUCCAUUUGACCAGAUUGUCGCCCGUUUGGACACUCUAAUGAUGGUUCUGAAAUCAUGCAAGACGCACGAAUGCACGGAUCCAUGGAGUGUCUUGCAUCCAGCUGGUAAUGUCAAGACUCUUAAGGCCGCUCUGGAAGAGUCUUACGAUGCCUUCUAUGAGGAGCAACCCAAGGUGGAGUACAACUCUUGCCAACUCGGCUACAUCAAAGAAGAAGAAGGCCCCCAGCAGGCAAAUAUCUUCGAAGGUCCUCACUUGGAUCACGACGGACACCGGCAGACGUUCCGCUACCAAGGGUCUUGGAGCGUUUGGACCUGA